UGAACACUCAGGUGCAUACGAGGGCUCCGGAACUCGUGACUUUCUACGGGAGUGAGGUUCAGGCCACGUUCAAGAAGGAUUACAGAUAUGACAUAGGGAUUACAAUCAGUACGGCUGACCCUGCGAAGUACGAAGACGCCAUGAUCGAGAACGUGAUGAUCUACUCCAUGUGUAUGCCAAAAGCCAUUGAAAUGGAGAUAACAAACGCCAAAAGCGAGGCAAGUAAAGACAUAAUCACCGAGCUUGAAAAUCAGAAAAGUUCAGAGUUUUUCUUGGUUAAAAAUAACAUCAAUUUGAUAAAGAAAUACUUCCCAAACAUCCAGGAAAAAAGGGACAGAUUCAGAAACGAAAAUAGAACGAUAGCGUCUGCAAUGUUAAAGAAUCUUCCUUUCCUCGUGAAGGAAAAUGAGGUCUCGAGACAGAAGAUGGGUGAUGUGGGACACGUUAUAGCAACGAAAGUUGACUCAACCAAGAUAUGGAAACUAGAGAAGUUUUAUAGACUUGAAAAAUUCGGGCGAGCAUGGUAGGAGACGUUCAAAGAGAAGCUUGAAGACUGUGGUUCUGAAAGAUCAGACUCAGACCUGGGGCUAUUCACGAAGGUGAGCUCGAGACAUAAUGCAAAUCGCACUAUACG